AUGUCGGAGUUUAUCAAAUUUGAAGAGUCCUUAGCUGGCUCAGACAACCUCCGAACAAAACUAAGUACGCGACGAGUGUGCAGAAGCCGCACUUUAUUCUUCGUUGGAUACCCGCCAGAGGAGGAGCCGGACCAGGAAACGGAGGCGGGCAGCGUCAGUAUCAGCAAAGAUGAUGUCGAAGACAACUCAUCUUCCAGGCAAAAUGAGACCCAAUACCCUCGAGGCGCCACUCUGGCUUUUAUUGUCAUUGCCCUUAUCCUCAGUAUCUUCUUACCCUCUCUAGAUAUGACUAUUGUCGCCACGGCAAUACCCAAGAUUACAGAUGAGUUCCACGGCCUCGAUAAGGUAUCGUGGUAUGGUUCUGCCUUUUUCAUGACCAAUGGUGGCUUCCAAUCCUCGUGGGGCAAGGCCUACAAGUACUUUCCAUUGAAGAUGACAUUUCUUCUCUCCAUCCUCGUCCUAGAGCUCGGUAGCCUGAUCUGCGCUGGGGCACCGAACUCUACAACCCUGAUUGCUAGCCGCGCGAUCUCCGGCCUUGGGGCUGCGGGAAUCGGAACUGGUGCCUAUACCAUCAUCGCUUUUGUCGCCGAACCCCGGGAGCGGGCCAUGUUUACUGGUAUUAUUGGAGUGUCUUACGGUUUUGCUUCCGAUGCAGGGCCCCUUAUCGGUGGUGUCUUUCCCGCCAAGGUGUCGUGGCGUUGGUGUUUCUACAUCAACCUUCCUAUCGGUGGUGUCUCGGCCCUCAUAAUCUUGCUCCUCUUUCAUGCCCCAUAUAGCGCAAAGCCAGUCCCAGCGAGCUGGAAGGAGAAGCUAUUGCAGAUGGAUAUCGUCGGUAUAGCCAUGAUUAUGGGCGCUGUUGUGACCUACAUUCUUGCUUUGCAAUAUGGUGGUCAAAGCAAGGCAUGGAAUAGCGCCCAAGUCAUCGGUCUUUUGGUUGCCUUUGUUGUCAUCCUAAUCGUGUUCUGCGUGUGGGAGCGCUUUCAAGGAGAGCGGGCCAUGGUGAUCCCACGUCUAUUCAAGCAGCGCACAGUGGCCCUGGCGAUUUCGAUUGGCGGGGCAGGCGCGGCAUUCAUUACCAGCUUGUUCAGUGACUGGAAAGGGCUCAACAAAAAGGCUAUGCAGGAUGCUAACGGCGCAGUUUGA